AUGAGCCAACCAGCAGCUGCGCCGGCCAAACCGCCUACACGGGCGGCUGAACGCGCGUACGAAGGCACACCCAUUACAUCUCCACGAUCGUUACGCCAACUUUCGAUAUACUUCCUCGGGAGCGCCUGCCUACUGGCAUCAACUGCAAUAACGCGGAAGGCUGUAUGGAGACGGCAGCUUCGUGUUAUGCCAAAGUUUUAUGAAGCGAACACGAACCCGCACGAAUACUUUAGUCCCUUCUCAGAUGCCUGUCAGGCUCUGAACCUGGCAACGAUGAACUGUGCCAGCGUCGGAAUCAUGGCAUUAGGUGGUGCAAUGUGGACCUUUGAUAUUGCCAACCUGAGAGAAGCUCGGGCAGUUCUACGGAGCCGCUUGAAUUACGACCGAAUCUACGAAUCUGAAGAUGAUAUACCAAAUAGCAUCAGCGAGAUGAUAAUAGCCUCCGGUCAGAUGCGAAUAAUAGAGGAGGACGAGCAGGAUGAUUCUAAGAAGAACCAAUAA